UCCCCCCUCCCUCCUUGCCUCCUCCCUCCCUCCUUCCCUUCUCUCUCUCUCGCUCCGCACGUCCAGCUUGUUGUCUCUUCUGAGGAUUCGCGUUGGCUUCCAUUCAGUGAAGCAGCUCUUGAGGACUUCUCAAAGCUCGCUGUCAAAAGAGUUAUUGCUUCAUAGUAGAUCUUUUAUUAUUUCACUUUUUUUUUGUCCGUGAACAUUUCUUACAUCUGUGACAGGAAUUCACUUGGAUCUUAAAGAAUCAGAUCGUAAUUUACUGGAGAUUUUAAGUGUUUUCCGAUGUGAUUAUAUCUGUGUUUUGCAGAGAACGAACUGUACGGAUUUUAUUCGGUUGGAAUAAAUCAGAAAUAGUUUUGUUUUCCUUCGCUUUGGAAAUUACAUGAGUAUUUCAUGUUGAUUGGCCUCUUGGACAACACUUCUUGCUUUGGAUAAGUGUUGGCUAGUUCCAAUUUAUUUCUUUUAUUUCAUAGCAACCGGUUUUCUCUGUGUAAUUUUACGAACGGUGACAUAAAAGAAACAUUAUCACAGCUUCCCUGUCGCUGCCUGUGGCCUCUCACAGGCCCAGAAAUGGUUCAACUUUCCUCAUGACAACCUCAUUUUUGAUGACGUCAUCAUCACCAUCAUCGUCAUAAACAUGAAGUGGAAGACGCGUCCCUCUGGGAUAUUUCUCUUCCUCACCCUCCUACACUGCGCCCUAUGUAAUCACCAUUCCCACGACAAACACAGGAAAAGCAACAAUGUAGCAGCAUCGACCAGUGUUCAAUCACUUCCCCCAUCAUCGUUUCAGCAUCAUCAUCAUCAUUUAAACAACAACAACAACAAAAACAAUAAUAAUAACAACAGCAACAGCAACAGCAACAACACCUCCACAACGUCUACCUCACACAUCGUUUCUCACAACCGUAAUAUCCCUCUGGUGCUGCAGCUAGAUGACCUCAGCGUCCUUGACCCUUAUAACCUCAUGGACGCCAAGGCCAAAGGUAAUAACGCUAUCCUCGAUCGAAUUAUCCCACGGAGGAGCGGAAAACAGAAGAAAGAUAAGAGAAGGAAAAAGAAAAGACGCUCAAAACACGGGAAGCACCAUCAACACAAACACGCAGCAAAAGACUCCUCGUUUUCGCCCCAGGCUGGCAAAUCGCUGUCGUCUGCUUCAUCUACCUCAACGUUUCUCAGUCACUUCUCUCCCAAAACCGGACGCAAACUCGUGACCUUUGGCCUCGAGAAAGAGGACUGGAGGAAAUCUACGAAACAAUUCUUCGACGACAAUGAUUCGAACUCAGACGAGGAGAACUCAGACGAGGAAAGCGAAAACGAAGAAGACGACCUCAACAACAAGGAUCUCAUGGCGGGAUUCGGUUACUCGGGUUUCCUGAACGGACAGCGUGGACGUCGCGGGAAAUCGAGGUAUACCUGGAUAGAAAAUGAUCGGAAUGCUCUUCUCCACGAGGCAGUGAGGAAGCUUCUUGGCUUCACCGCUUCCCCAAAGCCUCUGCCCAGGAACAGCCGCCUGCUGCCCGAUCCUAGGAAGGAGAGGAGGCUGCCCCGAUAUGUGAAGGAUUUGUACGAGAAAUUCCAGAGAGGUGAAAUGAACGCUGGCCUGGAGAAUGGGAAUACUGUACGGAGUAUCCACGCUACGAUGGGUUCCGUGGAGGGCGAGUCCAUGUUCCUGUUCAACCUAUCGUCACUCCGGCCCACUGAGCGUCUCCUGCACGCAGAGAUCCACGUCUACAAACGACGCCUCAAGCCGUGGGUGCGCCACUUAGACUUGGAACUCAUGCUCUACCAGGUGGCGCCACACUACAUGAGCCAGUCUGGACACUUGACCAUCAGAGAUGGCGCCACCGGCUGGCAGUGGUAUGACGUCGGCACGGCCGUUCGGGGCUGUCUGGAUACCAGAGAUCCCAGACCACAUUUGUUUGGUUUGAGCUUUAGAGCGCAGCGUCCUAAUGGGAAGGUAAGACCGGUGGCUUUGAAGAAGUUUGGGAGACAUCAUUCCAUGCCGUUUCUCGUUGUCUACUCGAACGAGACAGAAGCAGUCCAUUUUGAGCAGUUGGAUCAUCUAGCGGACAGGCUUCGAAUGAGAGAGGAUGGUGACUUCCGCGAGUCGGAGAAUGAUAGUAAUUUUGAGGAGGAUGAUGAAGAUUUCGAAGAAGAUAAUGUUGAAGAUAUUGAUUUAGAUCUGAUCUCACGCGAAGAGGAUGACGAUCUUAUGGAGUCCUUGUCACCAUCUACUUCCUCCUCCUCCUCAUCUUCUUCCUCCUCAUCCUCCUCCUCCUCCUCAUCCUCUUCCUCCUCGUCAUCUUCAUCAUCUUCGUCGUCGUCGUCGUCUUCCUCUUCUUCUAGUGAAGACGAAGAUGCUGAAGAUUUGUUUGCAGAGUUUGGUGUGAAUCUCAAAGAAGGAGGAGAGGAGUCAGAAGAAAAGUUGAAUGAUGACGUCGAUGACGAAGACAGCGAUGACGACGACGAAGACGACGACGAAAAUAUGUCUGGGAAGCUUCGUCAACCGAAAAGCAAUAUUUUGCCAAACGCUAACCAAGUUCCCCUUGAGUUGGAAGAAACUAUUCCACAAAGGAAGAAGCGUUCCAUAUUCACAAACGAAAUCCCUGAAGACCCUGCAGACUUCGACAAGUUCCGAUACAACCGCCACCCGAUUCCGCAGACACAUCCAGGCAUUCUGAAAGCGAGGAAAGAGUCAAGAAUACAGCUGGGGAAAGGCGGGAUCAUCCCGUUCCCAGACCACCAUGUACAGCGAAAACAUCGGAGGAAGCAUCGAAAGCGAAAAAAUCGUAAACGAUACGGCCGAAAGGGCAAGAAGCUGAAGAUUCCGAAAGGGUGGAAUCAUUAUCAAGACACUAUGGUGAGAGAGAAGGAGAAAAAGGACUCCAUGGGUGUGUGUGGCCGGAAGAAACUUGUAGUGAAUUUCGCUGACAUCGGCUGGGGCGAUUGGAUUAUCUCCCCGCAGUCGUUUGAGGCGCACUACUGUGUGGGGACGUGUCCUUUCCCGCUGACGAAGCGCCUCCGGCCGUCUAACCACGCCACCAUCCAGAGCAUCGUCCACGCCAUCGGCCUGUACGACCAGGUUCCGGCCCCGUGCUGUGUGCCUGACGUCAUGUCGUCCGUGACCUUGCUCUACUUCGACGAGGACAGGAACGUUGUCCUGAAGAACUACCCAGGCAUGACUGUGGAGUCGUGUGCCUGUCGUUAGAACUGACGUCAAGGAGCUGACGUUAGAUCACGUCAAUGAGCUGUCGUUAGAUCACGUCAAAGAGCUGACGUCAAUGAUCACCUGAUGGGGUGUGCAGACAAAUCUAUUCGUCCUAUCCGACGAGUCGAAAGUCGUGUUGUGAUGCCUUUCGGCAUUAAAACUCAUAAUCUGUUUUUUUUAUUUUUGUUCUUCAGAACUGAGCACGGUGGCAUCAUACAUCGCUAUGUAAGCAUUUCAACUUUCUACACAAACGAAGAUAUUAGUAAAGAGAUAUAUAUUGCACGUUUGUGUGAGAAUCAUGAGUGAUUGUUCGUUAAAUCUUGGCCAGGGUCAAAGGUUGAAUGGCGUGUGUAGUGUCACCAUCUUAGAUCAGCAGCUCUAGAUGAAUGAAGGACAUUCAAACUGAAAUGUUUCUGUGUGGUGGAUACGCAAUGUUCAUGACGCUUAAAUACAUCUACUGUCUUCGUAUAAUGAACUUCCAAUUGUGAAUUUACAACCUCAAUGAUUGUGUCUCCAUUAAUGGGAUAUAAGUGUGAGGGUUCCUUCUCUUAUGAAGCCAAGAGUUGUGUGUCGAGUGGUGUCUUUAUAAGAAUACUAUUAGUACGCCAAAGUUAGAUAAUCGUGGUAGCUGGCUUUUUUCUUUAAAUUUAAAAAAAUGUAUCAUCUUAUAAU